AUGCAGAUGAUGCAGGCCCUCAUGGAGCGCUUUGAUCGUCUGGAGCAAAAUAUGCGACGCGGAUUUACCCAUAUGGGCGAGAGGAUGGAGGCAUUGGACCGGAAGGUGACCGUCUCCAACAAGAACCUCACGGCGCGUAUGCGGAAUAGCAUCGUCACCCACUCGAGUGUCGAACUCUCUCCUCUCUGCAACGCUGCCACUGGGGAACCGAUCGAGGGCUUUCCUCGGAAACUGUCCGACUUGGGGUCCUUCAACGUUCGCCAGGUAGAUACCCUCCUACGCGAGCUUGGCGAGCCCGUGCGAGGCUCCGCCGAUGACAGGAGACGGUGGUUGAAGUAUGCCAUUGGGGUUACGACACAGGUUGUGUGA